AUGUCUAAAUUGCUAUGGAAGUGGGCCAACUUUGGUUAUCAGACGAAAGAGAUCCGGACUGCAAUCGUAUUCGGAACAAACUCUGAAAACGUAAUUAUUGUCCUUGAAAAUGACGAGGUGUUUGCCUUUGGAAAAAAUCAAGAUGGUUGUCUUGGAGUUGGCGAUGAAGGUGAAGUGAAAGUGCUCAAGCGCAUUGAAAAUUUGUGUCAGCGGCGAAUAGAAGGAUUUGAAUGUGCUACUGAUGCUGAUGGAAAAUUCAGCAUUUUUGCCAUUUCUGCAUCUGGUUCCGUAUUCUCUUGGGGAGAAAACAGAUUUGGGCAGCUUGGAUUAGGAACCACUAGAGACACAAAAGUGCCCACCAAAAUUUCAGGUUCUUUAAAGAACGAAAGUGUUGUCCAAAUUUUCUCUUGGGGUUACAACACAACUUCAUUUGCGGAAGGUAGUCCCUGCAAGGUGAUCGGCCUGGAAGGAGUCGUGAUUUCCAAAAUCGUUUGUGGCGAUCAUUUCACUCUCGCUUUAUCUGACGACGGAAAAAUUUACUCAUGGGGAGAUAACUCUAAAGGCCAGUGUGGAAAUGGGACCAACAAGUGUCUCACGAGUCCAACCAUGAUUUCUUCUGAGAUGGGAAGGAUUAAAGACAUUGCUGCCACUUUGUCCGCGAGCCUACCGUGCGCAGCGAUCACUGAAAAGAACCAGGUGUACGUUUGGGGCAGGGUCAAUGGCCAAAUUAUUAAGACUCCAGAGCUCACUUUCCACUCGUCGUUCGACGAAGUUUUUACUAUUUUCUCUCCAAAGACCUACCAACAUUUUCAUUUGAAAGAAUCGAAAAUUACAAAAGAUGGGAACAAGAGGCAAGGCUCGGUAAUUGAGCGUUUUCAAAAAGCGUUCAACAAAGCUGACACUGCUGACUUUGCAUUCAUUGUCGAGGGGAAGGAAAUCCACGUUCACAAAAGUCUGUUGACAAUUGGCAGCGACGUGUUUAAGAAUAAAUUCCUUGGUGAUUGGGAGGACAGUUCCAAAAGGGAACAGACCGUUGAGGAUCACAGCUAUGACGCUUUCUACGCGUUCCUCAAGUACUUCUACACUGACCAAGUUGAUUUCUCGCUUGAACUUGCUCUUGCCCACUUCUAUCUGGUAACUGAUCUUUUGGUCGAGUGCGAAAAGAUUCUCAAAUCUGGUUUGACAGUGCAAAACGUUGCUGCUGUUUACGAGAAGGCAAUUUUGUUCGAGGCUAAGGACCUGAGUGAGUUCUGCUUUAAGUUUUGCAGAAAGAAUUUGGUUGAUGUCGUGGACAAUAUUGAGUCUCAACAAGCAAGAUAG